AUGGGAGACUCUCAACCACAAGAUUCCAAAAAAAGGGCAGUGUAUGAAGCAUGGACGCAGGAACAAAGUGAUGCCUUGUUACGAAUUCUGGCUGAAUCUGCAAUUAGGGGACGGCGCGAUAAUAGUGGUAUAUUUAGCAAAGCAACAGUAGAGGAAAUGAUAUUGCAUGUUCUCAAUGAAAAACUUAGGUCCAAUAAAAAUUAUAAUCACUACCAAAGUCGUAUCAAAUGGUUUAAGAGCCGUUGGAAUGCGUAUUCAACACUGUUGAAGUUUAACUCUGGUUUUGGUUAUGACAACGACACCAAAAAAUUCACGGCCUCAGAUGAAGUAUGGGAUGCGUAUAUAGAGGCUCACCCAAAAGAUGCAUACUUACGCACUGGGAGUUUUUCGGAUUAUGAUGAAUUGAGGCUUGCUGUUGGAAACGGUGUAGCUGUAGGAAGAAACGCAAUUGGAGUGGGCAGUGCUACUGAUGCUAGGACAAUAGGAGUUGAUGAAAGUAGAGGUCCGCUCAUAGAGGAGUUGAAUUACGAUACUGCUACUGAGGCGUUUGUAGUACUGGUGAAGAUGAUCCACCGUUAUCCGCCUCCAAAUCACCUUUGGAGCCCACUGAAGUGCCUGUGGAGUCCACUCAGAGAAGAGCUUCCGCCAAAAGAAGCAGAGGCCAGUUUGAGACAAAUUCAGGCCACACUGAAAAUAGUUCGCAUCAGGAGCUCAUGGUAG